AAUAAGGCAGAAAUUUCAGCAAUCAUUUCUUUUCCUUUUUGUCUUUGAUUAUAUACAAAUGGAUUAACCAAAAACCUCAAUCCCUACCUCCCCAAGAUGUUUAUAUUUUUCCCAUUAUUUAUGAUUCCAAAUAUUUGCUUUUCACAUUGAAUUUUCCUAUUGUGAUCUUUUGUUUGCAUUGCCUUAUUGGAAGUUUCUUUCUUCAUCUUCUUUUUUUAUGACCAUUGAACAUUCUAUUUACGUGGGAAGUUUUCUGAGAUUUCUCUUCUUCUUCUUUUUUUUAUUUGGGCUUUGAUGAAAUUGUUUUUGUGUGGGAUAAUUCAUCUCUUUGAUACAUUUUAUUGAUCAUAGAUCAUUGAAUCAUUGGUAUUGGUUGCAUGGUGCUGAAGGUGCUAGGGUUGGUUUAUUUUGGCUAAAAGCCUAAGGGAUAGAAGAAAGCUUUCUUUUAUAGAUGUACAUAUAUAAGAGAAGGUGUUAGAAUCGAGAGUAGUUUUAGAUGGGAAAUAAUUGUUUUAAAACAAUCUCAAAUUCCAUUUGUGGACCAUCUGAAGAAGAAAAGGAGAAAGAAAAAGAAGAGGUUCCAAAUGUAACUGCUGAGUCAGAAAGUAAAGAAAAAGGAGCUUCUGAUGUUCAGAACCAGCCCCCUGAAGAAAUAAAGAUUGUUAAGGAAGGGACAGAUCAAAGGGAACAAGAAGGGAAAUCUAAAGAAGAAACCCAAAUGCAACAAUCGAAGUGUGAGCUUCAAAGACUUGAUUCCAAACCAGCACAGGUAUCAACACAGGUAACACCACAGACUGCUAUAAAGAACGAGGAAGAGCAUAAGGUUGAGCCUAAAAAACCACCAAGGAGACCCCAUAAUGUUAAGAGGCAGUCAUGCGCAGGACUGAAGAUAGAUUCAGUGUUACAGACCAAAACAGGUCAUUUGAAGGAAUACUAUAGCUUGGGGACCAAGGUAGGGAAUGGACAGUUUGGGACAACUUUUGUAUGUGUGGAGAAAGGUACUGGGAAUAAGUUUGCUUGCAAAUCGAUUGCUAAAAGGAAACUGGCAACUCUAGAUGAUGUUGAAGACGUGCGAAGGGAAAUUCAGAUAAUGCAUCACAUGUCAUGGCACCCUAAUGUUGUGACCAUCAAAGGGGCUUAUGAAGAUCCCAUGGCGGUUCAUGUUGUCAUGGAUUUGUGUGCAGGGGGGGAACUCUUUGAUAGGAUUGUUAAGAGAGGGCAUUAUUCUGAAAGGAAGGCGGCAGAAUUAGCAAGGGUCAUUGUUGGUUUUGUUGAAGCCUGUCAUUCCAUGGGUGUAAUGCAUAGGGAUCUUAAGCCUGAAAAUUUUCUUUUUGUCAAUGACGAGGAGGAUUCACCUCUUAAAGCCAUUGAUUUUGGAUUAUCAAUAUUCUUCAAGCCUGGGGAUACCUUUUCUGUUGUGGUUGGAAGCCCAUACUAUGUAGCACCUGAGGUUUUAAACAAGUGUUACGGUCCAGAAGCUGAUGUGUGGAGUGCUGGGGUGAUCAUCUACAUUCUCCUGUGUGGGGUGCCUCCAUUUUGGGGUGAAACGGAAGAAGAAAUAUUUGAUGAGGUUUUGAAUGGUGAACCUGACUUCACAUCUGAUCCUUGGCCUAGUAUAUCUGAAAGUGCGAAAGAUCUAUUAGCAAAAAUGCUUGUUAGAAACCCCAGGAAGCGGAUAACUGCACACGAAGUACUACGACACAGUUGGGUUCAGGCUGAUGGGGUGGCACCGGACAGCCCACUUGAUUCUUUAGUCCUAGGACGCAUGAAGCAAUUUUCUUCAAUGAACAAGCUCAAGAAAAUGGCCUUAAGAGUCAUUGCACAAAGGCUUUCUCAAGAAGAAAUAGCGGGAUUGAAGGAAAUGUUUAAGAUGAUAGACACGGAUAAUAGUGGUCAAAUCACGUUUGAAGAACUCAAAGCUGGAUUGCAAAGCUUUGGUGCUAGUCUUCCUGAAUCAGAAUUUCAAGCUCUAAUGCAGGCUGCGGACGUAAAUAACAGUGGUUCAAUCGAUUAUCAGGAGUUCAUAGCUGCAACGUUGCAUCUAAAUAUGAUCCAGAAUGAAGAUAAUGUGAUGGCUGCCUUCUCGUAUUUCGACAGAGACGGCAGUGGUUACAUCACUCUAGAUGAGCUUCAAAAAGCUUGUCAAGAGUUUGGCAUCAAGGAUAUCCGCAUGGAUGAAAUGAUGCGUGAAGUCGAUCAGGACAAUGACGGCCGGAUAGAUUACAACGAAUUUGUAGCGAUGAUGCAGAAAGGGAAUCCUGAAGUUGGUAAGAGGGGUCGUGAGGGUAAGGGUUUGAGCAUUGGAUUUAGGGAGGCAUUGCCAGGUUCUUGACAAAUAGGCGUCACAUAGGGCCUUUUCUUUUCUUUAGUUUCUUCCCAACUUUUUAGAGUUUAGCUUUAGUUUAGCUCUUCAAAGUUUGAGGAUUAUCAGGCGCAAUCCUUUGAUGACCAGAUGUCGGGUUUCCUUACAUAUAUUUGUACAUAUUUUGCCAUUCCCUACACCCAUUCAUAUUCUUGUUUUUUAGGGUAAAAUACUACCGCAAUUCACUAUGAAAGAAGAGAGGCAGAUGCUGAGCUCAUAGGCGUGUAUGAAUCAACAAA